CUCGUAUGCACACACAUGCGGGUAGCCCACUCAGUCCACGCCAUCACCCUUACCUUAGGGUACAAUCCUGUCCCUCUCUAGGCGCAUCUUCUCGGUGCCACCGAAACCCCCCGUGCCUGGCUUGGCCCAUUGACCUCUUUACCGAGAAGAUCACAAUAAUUCCUUCUCUCCCUUCGUCCCCUUGUAAGCUGACCGACCCUCCCUCAUCACAACUCUUUCAUCUCUUCUACUCAAAUCGACAUUUAAUCGCAAUUUUUAACUCUUCUCUCCUAAUCCUCAUCUUCGUGUCUAUCUCGCCAUGAUCACAACCCCCUAAAUAUUUGUCUACGAAAUUCUGUCUCCCUCAUCAUGGCUAAACCUCCGCCUCGGCCCCCAGGAGGCCGACGCGGAGGACCCAACACGAUGCUCACCUGGGCCCUUUUCCUCCUGCUCAUAGCUGCCGCUCACCCUCAGUCGAUUCACCAGCCGGAAUCCGUUCAGCGUCUGGUGGCGUCCACCCAGAGCGUCCGUACCGAGCCGAGUCGACGUCCUCAAGCUGGCCGCAGCCCAGCCGAAAUUCCCCUUCUGAAGAACGACAUCACCACGGUGAAGUUCAGAAGCACCGAUGAAAACCCCCAACCGCCAAAACUCCGUGCCUUGGCUCCAGCCUACGAUAGCAGUAGUGCUGUUCGAGCACCUCUUGUUCAGUCUGCCGAGUCGUCCGGACUCUCAGCGCUCCCCUCAGCGCGGCUCCUGCAAGAUUGGGAGGUGGAGAAUCUUGUUCUUCUAGCCACCAUCGACGGUACCAUCCACGCCCUCGACAGGAAAACUGGCGCCGAAAGAUGGUCGCUGGGGAUCCCCGACAGCCCCAUGAUCGAGACCAUUCACCACAAGUUGAAUCGGAGUGAUGAUCUGGACAGCGACCCUUCCAUCGAAGACGACUACAUGUUCAUCGUGGAACCGAGCAAGGACGGGAAUUUGUACAUUCAACAUCGAGAUCCAAGAAUAGGUCUACAGCGAUUGAGCGUCACGGUUCGAUCCCUGGCCGAGUCUACACCUCAAUUCGUCGAGGACCCUCCCCUCGUGACGAUCUCGUCUCAAGAGACUACGGCAUACGUGGUGGACGCUGCCACAGGCAACAUUCUACAACAGUUUGAUCGUUACCGAGGCUUCUCGAGUGAAGAUCAGGGGCGGAGUUGUCGACGAUUGACCGGCUUGUUUGACCUGGACGACCCUGCGUGCGAGCCACUUGGCACUCUAAAUCUCGGUCGUGUCGAAUACACCAUCCAGAUUUCCCACAAGGUCACGAACCAGGCUCUUUGCACCAUCAAGUUUGCCGAAUGGAUACCCAACAAAGGCGAUAGUGAUCUCCAAGAUCAAUAUGUUGCACCUCUCGACAAUAAUCAUAUUCAGAGUCUGUACAACGGUCGUGUUAUUGGUCUGGAUGGAGACAAAGACUCUCGCAAGUACACCACUUUCUCUCAACGACUGGACACACCUGUGGCUCGAGUAUUCGACGUCGUGCGUCCGCAAGACAACAAGCAAGGCACACCGAAUCUAGUUCUCCUGGCUCGACCCACUGACUCGCCACUUCUCGACUCGCCUGAGGUUUGGCGAAAUGAGCUGCAAAGAGCCGAAAGAGUUUUUGUCAAUCGUACAGAGGCAGGAAUUUGGUAUGCCAUGUCGGAGCUGUCAUACCCUGGUGUGACCAAUGGUGCAGCGCCUGCGAACGCACACUGGAACUAUGACAGUCGUCCUCUGGAUUUUUCUGGUGAUAUGGAAGAGAUCGUCGGCGUGCAUGUUCUAUCGGUACAGGAGAACGUGGCUCCCUUGCGCCUGACCAUAUCCGGCCCACCAUCGUCAUCCGAUCUAGUGGAGGAUGGAGAAAGAGCCGUAGCAUCGAUGGAUGCAAAGCUUCCUCCUGCUCUGCUGCCUGUGAUCGGUAGCCCCUGGCUCUCUCUGUUCAACAUUGUCGUUGCCAGUGUAAUCCUCUUCAUUGUCGGACUGCAGAUCAAGCAUCCAAUGAUGAUCAAGGUGCAAGGUUUUCUUCGAAAGGCUGGCGUUGAAGUUGCGCUCGAGAAACCCCAGACAAAUGUCUCGAGCUCUACUGGUGACGCACCCAUCACCGAAGAAUUGCCAGUUGCAGAUGUUUCUCAAAAGAAUACUGCCACUGACGAGAUGUCAGAACUGAUGGAAGAAGGUAUCACGACACCAGCAAGAAGCAGAGCCCAAAGCGUCGCGGUAACUUUUGCAAGUCCUGCCAAAACUGUGAGACUUGCCGAUACCAACAACGACGAGAGCUCUGAGGGUGAAUCAGAUGAGGAGAAGAACAAACUAGACUCGAACUCGAAUGACCCUGCUGAAGCUGGUGCGCAACCUCGUCGCAGACACGCCAAGCGUGGGAAGCGUGGUGGAAAGAAGAACAAGAAGACCCCAAAGAAAACCAUGGACCCAGAAGCGAUGGACGAGAAGGUUGAGUUGGCCACAGAGAUUCCCACCAAGGACGGUUUGAUACAAGUCGGCAAGCUAAAGAUCGACACGAAGGAAGAGCGUUGCUUGGGCCGUGGAAGCAAUGGAACAGCAGUCUUCCCAGGCUCCCUCGAUGGCCGAGAAGUUGCUGUCAAGCGUCUCAUCCGCACGUCAAACAGUCUUGCUGCCAAAGAGAUCAAACAUCUGCUCUCAAGUGACGAAAACUCCCAUGUCAUUCGAUACUUUGGCAAGGAAGAGUCCCCACACUUUACCUAUAUCGCACUGGAGCUGUUCACGACUUCUCUGGAUCAAUUCAUCGAGCGACCGUUACAGUACCCCAAUUUGGUGAAAUUGCCUGAAGGGUUUGAUGUGAAGGAUUGCCUGCGUCAAAUUACCGACGGCGUUCAACACCUUCACUCACUCAAGCUUGUUCACAGAGACAUCAAGCCUCAAAAUGUUCUUGUCAAGGCUGUCAAGAGCCAACGUCCCACGACUGGUCUGCCCAAGCUACAAUUCGUCAUAUCUGACUUUGGACUAUGUAAGCCACUGGAGGAAGGACCAGAAUCGACGUUUGCCCCGACAGCAAACCACACGGCUGCCGGAACCACGGGCUGGAGGGCGCCAGAGCUACUCGUCCAUUCUCGGGCUUCUGUCGCUGCACCGAACGCCAACUCGACGACUUCGAAAUCGACGAUACACUCUAGUAGUGAUGGCACCGUCGUCGAUCUCCCCACCGGUCGUCGUGCCACCAAAGCGAUUGACAUUUUCUCACUGGGCUGCGUCUUCUACUAUGUCAUGACCCAAGGUCACCAUCCGUUCGAUGUUGGCGGGACCAGUCUCGGUCGGGAUCUGAACAUCAAGGAGAACAAGUUCAGCACCGACGACCUGCGUCUGCACGAGUACCAAUUCGAAGCCGACGACCUGAUCAUGCAAAUGCUCAAGCACGACCCCAAACAGCGUCCCGACACGCACGAGAUUUUGCGUCAUCCCUACUUUUGGGACGUCGCGGACAAGUUGGAGUUUCUGUGUGACGUGUCCGACUGCUUCGAGCGUGAAAAGAACUCGAUCGGCAACAUCCACGACGAGAAUGCCGUCCGCUCGCCCGAGGAGAACGAGGCGCUCGCCGAGCUCGCGGGCCUCGAGGCGCUGGCCCCGAACGUGAUCGGACCCUCGCGGGACUUUCUGCGCGCCUUGCCCAAGAGCUUCAUCAGCGAAAUGGGCAAGCAACGCAAGUACUCGGGCUCCAAGAUGAUUGACCUGUUGAGGGUGAUCCGGAACAAGAAGAACCACUUCCACGACCUCCCCGAGGACGUCAAGGAGCAGAUGCUCGGCGGCAGUGCGAGGGGCUACUACGAGUUUUGGGCCAAGAGGUUCCCCAGCCUGCUGAUCAAUUGUCACUGCCUGCUGUUGGACCGCGACCUCGUCGCCAGAUUCAAAAUGGAGAGGUACUACGAGGACAUGUAAUACACCACGGUAGGGCCGAGUCGAGUAGAGUUGAUUAGCAUUGACUUUGAGGAGAACUCGUCAAGAGAGGAUUUGUGGUGUACAGAGCACAGAGUGGUGGAGUGUCAGGCAAUGCAAUCUACAUACAGAUCAAACAGACUUCAUGUGGUCAUUUCAUGCCGUUCCAACAUCUAUCAAAAUGCUUACUUUUUAUGUUGUC